AUGUUGAAAGAUUUGUUUCACCUUUUUUGUGCAAUUCAAUUCGCUUACGGCUGUUACUACGAUUAUACUUAUGUUAGAAUACCCAGUACUUCGACAACAGUGACCCCAUUUGGAGGAAAGUUAAAAUACUUGACUUAUUUAAAUGCGUUACUACAAACAAUAUACUUCUUUGUGGCUCUGAUCAAUGAUCUAAUUGGCACUAAUGAAUCGGCACCAUCUAACAAACCGCUCAUCAGAAGAUCUAAGGAUAUAUUAUUUAGUUCAUUGGCAUUUCCAUUGUCACUAUUUGUAGGAGAAUCUUUAAAUACAGUUGUAUGGUCUAAAGAAGUUGAAUCAACUGUAAAAUCAGGAAAGAAAAAGGCUAAA